UUGUUUUUCACUUAUUUAUGAAGAAUAUAAAAUUUUCCGAAAACUACCAUAUAUAAAUGGUUGCUUUGAAAUGGAGGGUACGUUAGUUGUCAGUCGAAACAUGUAUCGUUUGAGUCUCCUACUUGUUGUGGCCGGAGCAGUUGCAGUCCUGGGCAAUGUGCUACCGCUAGAGUUCAUCGAGGGCGAGCAACGCAUAGUUGGAGGUUCGAACGCGGCGUCCGGUCAAUUCCCGUACCAGGUGUCAUUACGUUCAGCAGCCAAUUCCCAUUUCUGUGGUGGUUCCAUCAUCAGCAAUCGAUGGGUUCUGUCGGCUGCCCAUUGUACUGUCGGACGUACUCUGGCCAACACUCGCGUCGUAGUUGGAACUCAUCUGUUGAACAGUGGUGGUAUCAUGCAUCAAGUCUCUCGUAUCGUAAAUCAUGCACAGUACAACGGUAACUCUCUGACGAAUGACAUCUGUGUUGUGCAAACAGCUUCUACGAUCGCCUUCAAUAAUUUGGUGCGUUCUAUCCCCCUUGGAAAUGCAAACAUUAACACAGCAUCUGGAGCAGUAAUUUCCGGAUGGGGACAACUUGGAGCGAAUACCGGUAUACCAAACAACCUUCAAUUUUUGCGCAAAAAUAUUAUCAGCCUCGCGGAUUGCCGCAGUCGCCAUGGUGGCAAUGCCGCGUUUGUACACACCAACACCAUUUGUUCACUGGCACCUGCUGGUCAAGGUAUAUGCAUGGGAGAUUCCGGUGGUCCGUUGACAUUCAAUGGGGCCGUCCACGGAAUCGCAUCGUGGGUAAUUCCUUGUGGUCGAGGUUUUCCAGAUGUAUACGCCCGUGUAUCGUCCCAUGUAAACUGGAUUAUGAACAAUGCUAGAUAAUCUACAGUGUGGGAACCUUUGAGGCCUAAAUAUGGAAUCGAUCUUUUUAUUUUAUUGAAAUACACGCAUUUUUGAAAACAA